AAUGAUGUUCAUUUAAUUCAAGUGACUUGAAAACACAGUAAACGCACUCAACCUUUCAUUACAUGUUCAACACACAAAAAAACAGACCAAAAUCAUACGCGGCCUUAUCCAGUGGCUGAAGCUGGUCGUGGAUUUGACCUAAUAAUGCCAAAAUAAACGUUUCCAUCGUGGCGAAAAAUCCGCUCCUAAAACAAAGAAGCCCGCCGCCAAGAAGCUCAAGACAGCAGCGACAAAGAAGACCGCCGCCAAGAAAUCUCUUAAGAAGGCGAAGAAGCCAGCCGCCACCGCCGCUAAAAAGGCAACGAAGAGCCCCAAGAAGCCGAAGAAGCCAUCGGCCCCAAGAAAGCAGCUAAAAGUCCCAAGAAGACCAAGGAUGCUAAACCCAACACGACAAAGCCUAAAGCAGCUAAGCUCAAAAAGGCCGCCCGGAAAAAGAAGUUAAGUUAAUUUAUACCUUUUUCCUCUAAAAAGAGACUCUUUUCAGAGCCACCCACCAGCCCAGUAAAGAGCAUGUGUUCAGAAUAAAAGAAUAUGCUAAUGGCUAAUGGCAAAAUCUGAGCAAAAGUCUUGUAGUGUAUUUUAGUUUGAAAUAAUUUGGUUAAAAUUAAGUAUGCAUGAUAUAAUCAUCAGAGCAUUUUAAUUCACAAUCAGCGUCAUAGCUGAAGUUACGUGGUCCGUAUAAAUGUUUGUUUUUGUUCAUACUAUUGGUUUCCAAGAGACCGAAAAUAGCUGAUAUAAUGUAAAUUUAUAGAUUAUAAAGUCGCUGGAUGAAAGCGCCAAGGCGAACAAAAACUAAAACAAGGCGGGCAGAAUUAAAGAAAUGGGCGGGCUUUGGCGUUUGGAGGGAAGUUCAGUGAUUGGUUUGAACUUUACACAGACUCCAACCAAUAGGAGAAUGAGAAGCAAGGUUAAAUACUGGAAAUCACAACGUUGGGUAUUACUUCAAUUUGUAAUUGCGUUUAGCAAGUUUUAACCAAAAAUGACUGGAAGAGGUAAAACCGGCGGCAAAGCAAGAGCGAAGGCUAAGACUCGUUCAUCCAGAGCGGGUCUUCAGUUUCCAGUUGGCCGUGUUCACAGGCUUCUCCGCAAAGGUAAUUACGCAGUACGCGUCGGUGCCGGAGCUCCAGUUUAUCUUGCCGCUGUGCUCGAGUAUCUCACUGCUGAGAUCCUGGAGUUGGCUGGAAAUGCAGCUCGGGACAACAAGAAGAGUCGUAUCAUUCCCCGCCAUUUACAGUUGGCUGUGCGUAACGAUGAGGAGCUGAAUAAAUUGCUGGGCGGCGUAACCAUCGCUCAGGGAGGUGUGUUGCCCAACAUCCAGGCUGUGUUACUGCCCAAGAAGACCGAGAAGCCCUCCAAGGCUAAGUAAAUAACUUUCCCCAAAAUUAAAGGCUCUUUUAAGAGCCACCCACUUGAACUGUAAGAGUGUUUUCUUAUGAGUAAUAUAUAUGGUUGUUUUUCUAUUACAGUAUUGAGUUUCUUAUAUGAAAUAAUACAUUUUAGUUAUAGGUUUCAUACACUUCUCUGAUAUAGCAAAGGCUAUGAGUCUCAUAGCAAAGGUUAUGGCCUAAUGGGUCAAAGGUUAUGGGUCCACGAGGAGCACCAUUAGACAUCUGCUUAACAUUACAAAUACACGUACACUUUGAAUACACAUACACUUUGCGGACAUUAGUUAGUUCAAGUAUAUGUUUUGCAACACAAAUGUAGACAGUAUGCAUUAGCUUGUUAUUGAACAAAAGUCACGAACAGAUGUGUUCAGUAUUAACUUGUUUGAACCAUAAUCUUUUUGGGUUGCACAGUAUCCAUUUAACCAUGAGCUCAUGGUAAUGAAAACUACAUUAAGCAAGGAAGGGUUUAGUAAAUGACAAAUAUGAUAUACAUUUGCCUGCUAAAAGCAAAUGUAUACUUUUCUUUUAAGAACUUCAAAAGGUUUUCGCCACGGUUAAAUCCUAGCAUAGUAAACCUGACAUAUAAGCGUGGCAGGUUAAGACCUAAAUAAGAUAUAAUGGUAGCGAUUCAGAAAGAGGAUGGACUAACAAAAAGGUGAUAUCAUGUGAAACCUGAUUGGUAGAAGGUGAUGUCAGACGAAGCAUGAUUGGUUAACAUUGUGAAAAACAACUUGAAGUACUGUAUAAAAGAUGGAGUCAGAUAUGUAUUCUUUGGACAUCAUCCGAUGAACUCUGUGUGGCUCACGUGAGCAAAUAAAGUUUAAACU